UUCACGCCUCGGACCGCGCACAGGUAGAGUGAAUGUUUGAGAAGUGCAGCGUUUUUAAUAUUGAAACUAAUCGGGGCUACUGAGUCGCAGAACGAUGUGGAAGUCAGUGGUGGGACACAAUGUCAGUAUGAAGGUGGCGUCCGAGGGGGACGACUGGGAGACUGACCCUGACUUUGAGAAUGACGUGUCGGAGCAGGAGCAACGAUGGGGAGCCAAGACAAUCGAAGGGUCUGGUCGGAAAGAACACAUCAGUGUGGCAGAGCUCAGACAGAACGUGUCAAAGGAGCAUGAAGUGGUGAAGAAGAAGGAGAUGGAGCAGGCCCCUAAGGCCUCCUAUGGAUAUGGAGGAAAGUUUGGGGUGGAGAAGGACCGCAUGGACAAGGUGGCCGUGGGUCACGCCUAUGUGGCACAGGUGGAGCAGCAUUCUUCCCAGACAGAUGCGGCGCGGGGUUUCGGGGGGAAGUUUGGAGUGCAGAAGGACCGAGUAGACAAGUCUGCCAUGGGUUUCGAGUACAAGGGCGAUGUGGAACAGCACAGCUCACAAAAAGACUACUCAAAGGGUUUCGGAGGGAAGUAUGGGGUUGAGAAGGAGAAGGUGGACAAGGCGGCCUUGGGUUAUGACUACAAGGGAGAGACCGAGAAGCACGAAUCACAGAAAGAUUAUUCAAAGGGUUUCGGAGGGAAGUAUGGGGUUGAGAAGGAGAAGGUGGACAAGGCGGCCUUGGGUUAUGACUACAAGGGAGAGACCGAGAAGCACGAAUCACAGAAAGAUUAUUCAAAGGGUUUCGGAGGGAAGUAUGGGGUUGAGAAGGAGAAGGUGGACAAGGCGGCCUUGGGUUAUGACUACAAGGGAGAGACCGAGAAGCAUGAAUCACAGAAAGACUACGCUAAGGGCUUUGGAGGGCGUUACGGAGUGCAGACAGACCGUGUUGAUAAGAGUGCAGCAUCCUUCUCUGACAUGGAGUCUCCCUCUUCAGCCUAUGAGAGAACCCAGCCACUGGAGGCCUCGAGCUCAGGGGCUGGCAAUCUGAAGGCGCGCUUUGAGAACAUGGCGCAGGCGUCUAAUGAGGAGAACAGGAAGCGGGCGGACGAGGAGAGAGCCAGGAGGCAGGCCCGGGAGAAGAGGGAGCAGGAGGAGGCCCGGCGCAGGCAGGAGGAACAGAGCGGAAGGGAGGUAGAAGAGGAGCAGCCUCCUCCCCUCCCAGCGACGAGAAGGGCACCAGAGGUGCCCAGGGAAUUGCCUGAGACACCCAGAGAGGAGCCAGUGCCCAUAGCUCAGGAGGAGGAGGAACCAGAAUAUGAAGAGCCUCCUGACCUACCUGAUCGGCCCCAGGACCUGCUGGAGGAGGAAGCGGACCUCGACCAGGGGCAGCAGAAUGAGGAGGCAGCAGACUGGGGGGCCGACCCGGACCAGGGCAUCGAGGCGCCCCCUGCUCCAGCUGUUGACAAUGACUAUGAGGAUCUGAGCAGUGGUAUUUGUGCCACGGCACUUUAUGACUACCAGGGGGAGGGGGAUGACGAGAUCUCCUUCGUUCCGGACGACAUCAUCACCAACAUUGAGAUGAUCGAUGAGGGCUGGUGGAGGGGGCACUGUCGCGGGCACUUUGGCCUCUUCCCCGCCACCUUUGUGCAGUUGAUGCAGGGUGAACCUUGAGGCCCCAACCCAACAAAAACACACACACACACACACACACACACACACACACCCCUCUUAUCCUCACCACUCAUUUCCCCACUUUCAAGUCAUGUCUUUUGGACAAGGGUCCAGUCUCUUUCUCAUCCAGUCUACUGCUUGUUCAUAAACACUGUCUGUCCCAACACAUUCACAUCCCACCUCAGCUCACCUGCACUGGAAAAUCAGCACCCAAACACAAACACACACACACACACACACACACACACACACACACACACACAAAACAGACACACACAAUGCUGGUUCAGUGUACCAUGACAGAGCUGGUUUAAAGGCGAAAUAGCACAAGCUCUGCGUUGAUUCUUCCAUUGAUGUUUCAUGGCUAAAUGGUGCCGCUGCAUUGAGGUAUAACGCUUUAACUUCAGCUCUAUUAAAAGUCUGUUUUGAGUAGCUGAAUCAUGGAUUAGUACUUUUUAAUUAGCUGAAAUCCGAUUUCAUAAGAAUACAUCAUCAAACGGGUACCUUUCAUAAGGUGUCAGCGGACACUUUAUUUUGGCUCAGAGCAUCAGGGUAUGCCUUCAACCGUGCAAUAGUAAUGGUCAGUUUUGCCUCUUACUAAAUUCCAGCUCAUUUAAGUCCUUUAAUAAUUGGGCCACCACUCCAUGAACGUUGGCACCACUGUCAGAUUUAUUCUGAAACACAUUUUGUUCACAAAUCUACUUAUAGCCACCUUUUCUCAUAGCUUCUAAGCCCAGCGAUACAUUUUUAUCAUUGCAAAACUUAAUAUUUUUAUUGUCUUUUUAUUUAGAUAUUACACACAAAACUCAGUUGAAAUGUAAAAAAAUGUUAUUCAUUUUGCUAUUAAAUACAAAAAUCAUUUUAUGAAA